UUGGAAGGUUAGUAGUAAUAAGUACUAAUAACCACAGUUUGUACGAGCUUCAGAUGCCUAGCUAGUAGAAAUAGCCCAAGAUUUGUCCUCCUCCUCUCAUCUCAGUUGGAAGAGAAAUAAAAAAAAACAAAGAGGAUUAUCUUCUGGUCGCGCUCAUAGGGAUCGUCCGUAUCUCCGCGGCAGAGCAAAUCAAGUUGGUUGUGUCUUUCCGCUUUCCGCAGCUCAGCUCAGCUCAGCACGGACGGAUGAGUCACUGACACACAACGGAACUACGGAAGUCGGGAGAGAGCGACAAUGUCAACGCCUAGCUAAUUAAAAGAUACUGUAAGAACAGGUACAAUAAUGGGCUUAUAGCCAAGCUAAUGCUGAUGUGGAGGAGAGAAGAGAGGAGAGAGAUGAUAGCUUGGUUCUUAGUUAAGCACCAAGCUGGGCACGGAUGCAUAGGUAGUAGUGGGCCCAAAAAGCAAAUGUUGUGAGAAAAAAGAAGAAAGAGAAUGUGUUUUAGAGACAAGUAGGAGACAACUUAUUAUAUAACUUGGCUCUAAUUAUUUGGCUUAUAGCCAAGCACUUGGCUCUAUUAUUGAUUUUACUCUAAGUUGAGUACUCUGUGGCACAUGUCGGCCUCCGAAGAGCCGGCAGUAGUAGUAGUACCAACCAGGCAACCAGAUACUAAUCAUCCAGUACGCACUUUUCCGUGUUGCUUAGCGACUAAACAAGGGCGCUUUAUUGCCCCUGCCGCUGCCGCCGAUCGACGGAUCGAGCUUUGAGUCCGCCACACACAAGAAUCACUCGCCACAUGCGUCCAAUCCGUUUUAUUCAAAAAAUACGCUGCGACCAUGCAUGAAAGUCAACCGAUUAUGAUAACGGGAAAAAAGAAAAGAAACCCAUCCAUCAAGGUCAACACGACGCAAGCAGGCUCCAGGCUGCCAGCCAAAAAGUGGCAUCUGGUUCUGGGCGGCGACGGGAGGGAGCCGAUCUCUGGCGGGGCGAAAAGCGAAACCCUGGUGCGGCCAAAUCUCCGGGCCACAUGCCCGGCACGCCUCUCAGCGUUUCCGCGUGAUAUAUAUUUUUUUUUCGGCCAGUCCGUGCCAUGCCAUGGUCCAUGCUCCAGUCCAGCCUUCAGCCAGACCUUCCAUAAAAUUUAAAACAAAAAAAAAAGAGAAAGAAAGCUGGGAGAGAGAGCCCAUAUCCGUGCAUGAUCCAUCCGACCACAUGCCUUAUUACUAGUAGCGGGCGGCCGCGGGUGGUCACGCAAAGAAGUCAGGCGCAUGAAGCAAAGUGAGGGAGCGGGGAAGAAGCGAUGACCGUCUCCACCUCCUCGCCCUCGACAUCGACCUCUCCCCGUGUAUAAAACCCGGCGCCGGCCGGCGCCCCCUACCCACCCACCGGGCCCCGCCUCCGCCUCCCGCUCCGUACCCGCAUCCAUGGCGAGCCACCUCCCGGACGCCGACGCCGCGGGGUUCAAGCUCUUCGGCAAGGUCAUCCAGCCACCCGACGCGCACCACCGCGCCGCGGACGAGGGCGGCGCCCCUCCGCAGCUUCCGCCGCCGACGACGGCCCUUCCUCCUCCUCCCCCGCCUCCUCCGUCCCCGCCGCUCCCGCCGCAGCCGCCUCUGCCCCUGCAGCAGCAGGCGACCGGGGCCACGGGGGGCACCAGCGGCGGCGGCGGCGAGCCGCUGCCGUGCCCGCGGUGCGGGAGCCGGGAGACCAAGUUCUGCUACUUCAACAACUACAACGUGCGGCAGCCGCGCCACCUCUGCCGCGCCUGCCGCCGCUACUGGACGGCCGGCGGCGCGCUCCGCCGCGUCGCCUCCGCGUCCCCGGGCCGCCGCAGGCCGCGCCCGACCACCGCCCGAUCGGUCGCCGCCGCCGCCGCCGCCGCCGCUGCCGCGUCGUCCGCCGCCGCCGCAGCCGCCGAGGAGGUGGGCGGGGAGCGUUGACUGACUCGGCGGUCCUACAGGGUGCAGCGCGGCACGGCGCGGGGGGUAGGGCUCCGGCUCCGCUUCGCCCGGCGCUGCGGGCUGCCUGCCUUCCCGCGUGAUGCCGUGA